AUGAAGUUUACUCUGGAUGAUCUUCCUAUAAUAUUUCCUUACGAGUACAUUUAUCCUGAACAGUAUGCUUACAUGAAGGAUAUGAAACGAGCCUUGGAUGCACAGGGUCAUUGCUUGCUGGAAAUGCCUUCGGGAACAGGCAAGACUAUUUCCUUGCUCUCUCUCAUCGUCGCUUACCAGCAAUUCUAUCCAGAAAAACGAAAACUCAUCUACUGUUCUCGGACUGUUCCUGAAAUCGAAAAGGCUUUGGCUGAAUUAAGUCGUCUUAUGAAAUAUCGUGAAGAGCAGGGUUUGGUCGAAAACUUUCUUGGUUUGGGAUUGACCUCUCGUAGGAAUCUGUGUAUUCAUCCCAUAGUAUCGAAAGAAAAAAGAGGUACUGUUACUGAUGCUAAAUGUCGCAAUCUGACUUCUCCGUGGGUUCGUGAAAAUGCAAAACAUGAACCUGAUAUUGAGUUGUGCGAGUUUUACGAGACACUUGAAGCAGCUGAUACAACGGCUACUGUUCCGUCAGGUGUUUAUACACUUGAAGAUCUUAAAGAAUAUUCGACAAAAAAGAAAUACUGUCCUUAUUUUCUUGCUCGUCGGCUUCUUCCAUUUGCCAAUGUAAUCAUUUAUAGUUACCAUUACUUGCUGGAUCCAAAAGUUGCCGACAUGGUUUCAAAAGAACUAAGCCGGGAUUGCAUUGUUGUAUUUGAUGAAGCGCACAAUAUUGACAACGUUUGUACCGAAUCUCUUAGUAUUGAUAUAUCAAAACCCAUGCUAGAUGCAAGUGCACGUAGUGUUGCUGAACUUUCUCGACGAAUUGAAAGCAUGAAGGUGUCCAAUUCUGAAAAACUACAAAACGAAUAUACAAGAUUACGACAAGCUCAAGAAUCUAGAGAUGCUGGAGAAAUCAUGACCAAUCCCGUUCUUCCAGAUGAUAUUCUUCAAGAGUCUGUACCAGGAAAUAUUCGACGGGCUGAACACUUUGUUGCUUUUUUAAGACGAUUUAUUGAGUAUCUAAAGACUCGCAUGAGAGUGAUGCAUGUGGUUGCCGAAUCACCAUUGUCCUUUCUUCAACAUGUCAAGGAGAUUACAUUUAUUGACAAGAAACCACUUAGAUUCAGUGCAGAGCGACUUGGAUCAUUGAUCAAAACUCUAGAGAUCAAUGACUUGACUGAUUACAGCGCGCUUCAAAAGGUGGCCUCUUUUGCUACUCUUGUUGCAACGUAUCAAAAAGGGUUUGUGUUGAUUCUUGAGCCAUUUGAAAACGACAUGGAUACGAUUCCCAACCCAGUGUUGCAUUUCACGUGUCUUGAUGCAACACUGGCCAUUAAACCAGUAUUUGAUCGAUUCAGUUCUGUCAUUAUCACAUCCGGCACACUAUCACCAAUGGAGUUGUAUCCAAUGCUUCUUGGGUUUGAGCCUGUUGUGACAGAAAGUUAUCAAAUGACCCUGACAAGAACAUGUUUUCUUCCAUUAAUAGUAACACGAGGUAGUGACCAGGUGACAGUGUCAUCCAAAUUUGAAGUGCGUAACGAUGUAGCUGUAGUGAGAAACUAUGGCAAUAUUCUGUUAGAGUUUGCGAAAAUCACACCAGAUGGACUUGUAUGUUUCUUUCCGAGUUACUUGUAUAUGGAAUCGAUUGUAGCAGCAUGGAAUGAUUUAGGAAUGCUACGAGAGUUGUUGAAACUCAAGCUUAUUUUUAUCGAGACACCCGAUGCAACAGAGACUAGUAUUGCUUUGGAGAAUUAUCGACAGGCAUGCGAUAAUGGACGAGGUGCUGUGCUGUUGUCAGUUGCACGAGGCAAAGUGUCUGAAGGAGUAGAUUUUGAUCACAACUAUGGUCGAGCAGUGAUUCUAUUUGGAAUUCCAUAUCAAUACACCGAAUCUAGGAUUUUGAAAGCACGAUUAGAAUACCUUCGAGAUAAUAGUCGAAUUCGAGAGAAUGAUUUUCUUACGUUUGAUGCGAUGCGACAUGGAGCACAAUGUGUUGGACGAGUUCUUCGAGGGAAAACAGAUUAUGGAUUGAUGGUAUUUGCAGACAAACGAUUUGGACGAAUGGACAAGAGAAGUAAAUUACCCAAAUGGAUCUUGUCAGGAAUGACGGAAGCAGGAAUGAAUUUAUCGACAGACAUGGCAGUAUCGAUGGCUAAAAAGUUUUUAAGAACCAUGGCUCAACCAUUAGAAGGAAACUCGAUGGGAGUGUCACUCUGGGAUGCAAAAGAAGUGACGAGAAGAGAGCGAGUAGCGCGAACGAGUGUUUCAGAACAAGGCAAUGCGAUGCAAGUGGAUUGA